AUGCUGCUUGCGCUAGAUGAGAUAAAUAAAGAUGAUAAGAUCCUGCCGGGGAUGAGGCUGGGGGCGCACAUUUUGGACACUUGCUCUAAAGAUACGUACGCGCUGGAGCAGAGUCUGGAGUUCGUGAGGGCCUCGUUGACCAAAGUGGACGACAGCGAGUACACCUGCCCGGACGGAUCCUACGCCAUUCACGACGACGUCCCGCUCGCCAUCUCAGGGGUCAUCGGGGGGUCAUACAGCGAUGUGUCCAUACAGGUGGCCAAUCUGCUGCGUCUCUUCCAGAUCCCUCAGAUCAGCUACGCCUCCACCAGCGCCAAGCUCAGCGACAAAACCCGCUACGACUACUUCGCCCGCACCGUCCCUCCCGACUUCUACCAGGCUAAAGCUAUCGCCGAAAUCCUUCGCUACUUCAACUGGACCUACGUCUCCACGGUGGCCUCUGAGGGGGACUACGGCGAAACUGGCAUUGACGCUUUCCAACAAGAAGCCCGCGCGAGACAAAUCUGCAUCGCCACCUCCGCCAAAGUCAGCCGCUCGAUGAGUCGAUAUAGCUACGAAAACGUGAUCCGAUCUUUGCAGCAAAAAUCCAACGCCAAAGUGGUGAUCUUGUUCACACGAAGCGAAGACGCCAGGGAGUUGCUAGUCGCCGCAAACCGCAUGAAUGUGACUUUUACGUGGGUGGCUAGCGAUGGCUGGGGGGCGCAGGAGAGCGUGGUGAGAGGUAGCGAAGCUGUAGCGGACGGGGCGUUCACGAUAGAGCUUGCGUCGUACGAGAUCCCGCAGUUUAACAAUUAUUUCACAAACCUGCAUCCGUACAACAACACAAGGAAUCCGUGGUUUAGGGAGUUUUGGGAGAAUCAGUUUCAGUGCAGUCUCCAUGAUUUGGGGUGCGGGAAGCAUUCGCUGAGAGACGUCCCCUUCCAGCCGGAGUCCAAGAUUAUGUUUGUGGUGAACGCGGUGUACGCCAUGGCCCACGCUUUGCAUCACAUGAGACAGGCCCUGUGUCCAAACUCCACCAAAGUCUGUGACGCGCUCAAACCAGGAAAUGGCAGGAAGUUCUACAGAGACUACAUUCUCAAGGUCAAGUUUGAGGCUCCUUUACAUCCCCCUGACCGCCAAAAUGUGGUCCGCUUUGACACCUUCGGAGACAGCAUUGGCCGCUACAAUAUCUUCCACUACCACAAGGAGGAAGGCCGUUACGUUUACCAAAAAGUUGGUUACUGGGCCCAAGGUCUGGUCCUCAACACCAGCCGAAUCCCAUGGCCCUCGCAGGUCGUUCCCACCUCCCAGUGUAGCGACCCCUGCAGGAAGAACGAAGUGAAGAACAUGCAGCCUGGAGAUGUGUGCUGUUGGAUUUGCAUACCCUGUCAACCGUACCAAUAUCUUCAAGACGAAUUCACUUGCGCAGACUGCAGUUUUGGACAAUGGCCUCUUGCUAAUUUAACUGGCUGCUACGACUUACCAGAGGAGUAUAUCCGCUGGGAAGAUGCUUGGGCGAUCGGACCGGUGACCAUUUCAUGUCUGGGAAUGAUGUGCACCGUGUUUGUCAUUGGGAUUUUCCUCAAGCACAAUGAAACGCCCGUCGUCAAAGCUAGUGGGCGCGAACUUUGCUACAUCCUCUUGCUGGGAGUGCUCAUGUGCUACUGCAUGACUUUUAUAUACAUCGCUAAGCCCUCCACGGCAGUUUGUACGCUACGACGGCUCGGUUUGGGUACGUCCUUUGCAGUAUGCUACUCCGCGUUGCUAACCAAGACCAACCGCAUUGCCAGAAUAUUCAGCGGAGUGAAAGAUGGCGCACAAAGACCUAGGUUUAUAAGUCCGGCGUCGCAAGUGGCUAUAUGCGGAGCGCUAAUAUCCUGCCAGCUGGUUGUGGUGGUGGUUUGGAUGCUAGUUGAAGCUCCAGGAGUGAGGAAAGAAGUUAGCCCGGAGAAAAGGGACAUAGUGACGCUGAAGUGUAACAGCAGAGACACUAGCAUGCUAAUAUCGCUAACGUACAACUGCAUCCUGAUUAUCCUGUGCACCUUCUACGCGUUCAAAACCAGGAAGUGUCCCGAGAACUUCAACGAGGCAAAGUUCAUUGGGUUCACCAUGUACACCACCUGCAUCAUCUGGCUCGCCUUCCAGCCAAUCUUCUACGUCACCGCCAGUGAUUACAGGAUGCAGUGUUCAUCCACACUAAUCCAAUGGAUCUGAUCCUGCACCGUGUGGACGCCAGAAAAUGCAGAUAUGCUGAUGU